AGCUAGCCAGUUGUACUGGAGCGGAGCCAGCGGCUGUCCUCACCCUGCCUCCUCCCGCCUCCCCGCCUGUCACUGAACAACAAGCCUUCACAGAGUAUCACCGAGGCUCCGGCACCAUAGUCCCGUCACAGACACACUCUGAGAUGCCAAGAAAGUCGCGCCUCACCGACACAGCUCUUCGAGUCGUCAGCGCUGAUCAGUGAGCAGCGGCGUCUCCGUGGCGCUCCCGUUCAUCGACGUUAGCCGGAGAGGUGUGAAAAGUCAGUGUCAUGACUGGAGCUGAGACUGAGGAUGAUAUUCCAUUAGGUGAAAGGAAGACUGUCACAGACUUCUGCUAUCUCCUGGACAAGUCCAAACAACUCUUCAAUGGGCUAAGAGACCUUCCUCAGUAUGGACACAAGCAGUGGCAAUCCUACUUUGGACGGACUUUUGAUGUCUACACUAAACUGUGGAAGUUUCAGCAGCAGCACAGGCAGGUUCUGGACAGUCGGUAUGGAUUGAAGAGAUGGCAGAUUGGGGAAGUUGCAUCCAAAAUUGGACAGCUUUACUACCACUACUACCUUCGUACCUCAGAAACAAGUUACCUGAAUGAGGCCUUUUCAUUCUACUCAGCCAUCCGCCAGCGAUCCUACUAUUUUCAGGUCAACAAAGAGGACAGGCCAGAAUUAGUAGUGAAGAAGCUUCGGUAUUAUGCUCGCUACAUAGUCGUCUGUUUACUGCUCAACAAGAUGGACCUAGUCAAAGUUUUGGUGAAGGAGUUAUCUGAGGAAAUCGAAGAUUACACACAGAGAUUCAACACAGAGGAUCAGCUGGAGUGGAACCUGGUCCUACAGGAAGUGGCGGCCUUUGUGGAGGCAGAUCCAGUGGUCGUCCUGAAUGACAACAACUCUGUGGUCGUCAUCAGCAACCGGCUGCAGGAAGGAAGCGUUCCUCCACUGGAACAAGGCAUGGUGGUUGGGCAGCUCGUCCUUGCAGAUGCACUAAUCAUCGGCAACUGUAACAACCAGGUGAAGUUCAGUGAGUUGACCAUCGACAUGUUCCGCAUGCUACAAGCUCUGGAGCGGGAACCUGUGAACCUGGCCACACAGACUUCCAAACAAGGAACGCUGGAGCCCAGUGAGAAACCAGCCAAACGAGAAAACCCUCACAAGUAUUUGCUUUACAAGCCGACGUUCAGCCAGCUGUUUACUUUCUUGUCUGCCUCUUUUAAGGAAUUACCUGCCAACAGCGUUCUGCUGGUUUACCUGUCAGCGACUGGAGUCUUUCCCACUGGUCAUUCAGACUAUGAAGGACCGUAUGAUUUUGGAGGAGUUCUAACCAACACAAAUCGAGAUGUGGUGAAUGGAGAGACGGUGCAGAAGAGGAAUCAAGCCCAGAAAGAAAUGCACUGCCUUCAUCCAGGAGACUUAUUCCCCUUCACCCGGAAGCCGCUCUUUGUCAUCGUGGAUUCUUCAAAUAGCACAGCCUACAAGAAUUUCACAAAUCUUUUUGGCCAGCCUCUGGUGUGUCUACUAUCCCCAACAGUGUAUCCCAAAAGUGUACAAGAUCAGUCUCAGCGUGGGAGUCUCUUCACUCUCUUCCUCUACAGCCCGCUCCUGGCUUUCUCCUCUGUCUGUGGUUUAAACAGUGUGCGACGAGGUCUGUGGGACAGGGCUCAAGAAUUUCUUCGCAAAGUCUACCGUGACAUCGGGCAGAUGAUAACUCGAUCAAGAACCAUAGAUCAAGCCUUUUUGCAAUUCUUUGGUGACGAGUUCCUGCGACUGCUGUUGAUCCGCUUCGUGUUCUGCUCUGCGGCUCUGAGGCUGCAUAAACUGUUCCGGGAGUCCCGGAGCUUCCCGGAGUCGUACCCUGAGCUGCCUAAACAGGACACAGUGGAGAGCAGCCUCCUACAGAAGCACGUCCUGGAGCUGGCCACCAUGCUGGAUGUGCAGAGCCUUUUUUGGGAUGAUUCACUGGAAGCCUACUAACAUCUUUGCAAAGGGCACAAUGGCACAUGUGUACAUAGAGACUCAGCUGCCAGAGCCCUCAGCUGUCCUUCGGUUUUUGUUUUUUUGUUUUUUACAGGUAAUGACAUAAUUGAUUCAGCACAUACGAGUUCACGUCCUGCAUUUAACUGUUACUUGUGGAAGCAAAUGUAGUGCAGCCAGAGAGGUCAAGUGUCAGUGUAAAUUCCCUCUUUUGAGUCUCAGCGGCUUCACUCAUUGAUAUAAGAUCAUAUAAGAAGAAAGUCCACAUCCAAACUGCAGCCUGUGACUUUAUCCCUCAUGUCAGACAGUUGUAAAGACGUUAAUGUUGGUUGUGUGUUUAGUUUUUUCAAUAAUAUUUUGAAUUGUUUAUCAGAGUGAAGGUUGUGAUGCAGAGCAGGCAGAUGAAUGAAACCUGCAUCAGUAAAUAUUUACACACUGAGCUGGAAUCUGGAAGAUUUCACCAUAAAUGUUAGAGCUGGAUCUUUGUUUGUUUGCUGUGUAACAGCUUCUCUUGUAGCAGGCUGAGGUGCAUGAGGUUUGUUGUGUUGCACAUGUUUAGUUGUAAAGAUUUCACUCCUCCUUCGUGUCAUUUACCAGCAGUCCGUCGUUCCACGGCUUCGGCCUUGUGCCUGUUGAAAGUGGUGUUUGUUUUAUUUUCCAUAUCUGCAUGCGAACGGGCAAAAAACAAAAAAAAACAAAUCCAUGGAGUUAUUUUAUUCACAAAGAGCGGCCUCCACCUGUGAGGAUGGAAAUCGGGUUGUAGAUUUUAAAAUGGAGCCAGUGCAUGUGUUGCAUGGGCCUGUACAUUUACUGUUGAGUUGACAAAUGAAGACAAUCUAGUGAAGAGAUAACAGGAGGAGACGUGUAGUAAGCACACCAACUGAAAUGAGCCAGCACGCCUCUGUGAGCUCCAUGAUGACAGGAGCAUCAUGUGACCCGCCAGCUGUUAGCUCGAUUGGAAAAUCAUUGGCUAGCUUCCUUAUGAACACCAGUAAUGUCACUGUCCACCACUGAUCCACUGCUUCAGGCUCUCAGGUGCCGCCUCCUGUCAGCUGUCAGCUACUGGACCCGCAAAGAGAGACAGGACGACUGGGAGGAGCGGAGGGAGGAUGAACCAGCAGCAACCACCGUGCUAACUUUAGCUGCUGAGAACAGAGACCGUGACCUCUGUGGAGCCUUCUCACUUUUGAUCAGUUAUAAAGCCCAAAUGAUAGUUUUUCAUCAGCUGAUUGUAACUGUGUCUGUUUGGGGUGGAACUGUCCAUUAACCUGGACGUUUCCUCCGGUGUCAUAAUGUCACUGUGUUUUAAUGCAGCUGAAUUCACCACAGUUGUUGACCUUUAAAACAAGUGAUGACAGAGGAGGCUGGAAGCAACAAGGCAUCUGUUUCUAUCCAGAUUAUUGACAAAUGUGUGUUUAAACAUUUAAAACAUGAAAGAACGUCGGCAGCUUUAUGAUAACCGGAACACACGCUCCUCCUCUGAGACGUUUCCUGGAUGCUGCGUAUUCUCAGCAGGACGUCAUCCACUGUUUGAGAAAGAAACUGCAGCUGCUUCCUGGUGGCUGCUGCAUGAACGCAACAACUCAUGAGAUUUUAAAAUGAAAACCAAUUUGUUGGCACUUAAAAUGUUCUGUGUUCACUGAGGUGUGACGUGGAUCACAGGAAACAUCAUGUCAUCUAAACUGAUUCUACCAAUGGCCUCAAACCAGGCAGCCACCUGAGGACCACUUCCCAUGAUUCCCAGGGUGCUACUCUGGCCCCGAGACCUACUGUAUAUCAUCAUCCAUCCCUCUCUCUCCCAGUCGUUUCUGUCUCCACUUCCAGAGCUGAAAAAAGAUCAUCCAAACAGUCUGGAUGUGAAUAAAUGAAGGAUCAGAUUAUAAAACACAGUCCAGGUACUUUUUCAUUCACGUCAUGUUUCUGUCGGACUUUGGUUCUGCAGUAGUAACUCAGCAGAGUUCAGUAGUCUGCUGUCAGACUGGUGCCAGGAUUAAAUCCCUCAUGCCGUCUCACACUACAGUCAUUUCUCUCUGUUACUGAAGAAGACGAACACUUGGUGACUGAAGUGUUCAUGGGAACAAUGGUGGAACAGUGGCUAAAUCAACUGUGUGCAAAUAACAUUUAAACAGUAAUGUUAUAGUUUUUUACAUUUCAGUUUCCAGAAUCUAACAAACUACAGAUUGUGUAGUUUCUCUCAGAUCAGAUCAGGUGUGUAGGACGGGCAGUUAUAGGCACCACUGUAACCUCCAUUUUUGUCCCACAAGCUGAAGAGAGAUGUCAGUGUCUGUCCAACAUGUCGACCCUCAGACAUUUCAGCAAGUAUGAAGGAAAUAUGUUGACUUACUUCAAAUGAGAUUCCUUCAGAUUUGGAUACAUGGAACGGUAUCGAAACGAGGUGUCUCCAUAUCUAUUCACCACAUUUCCAAACACCUUCCCCAGACGAUAUAUUUUCUAGAUGACACCUGGACCUUUCCCACAAUGCCGUUCUUAGGCCAAAAUGUUAGUUAUUAAAACAGCUGGACAUCAAACCGAUUCAGAGGCGGAUUCAUCCACAUUUGGUGCGGUAGUGUGUUUGUGGCAGCAGGACGGUGUGUUGAAGGUGAUGAAGGAACAUGUGACCCAGUGCAACAGUGACACUCACUGAUGUGUUUUUUAAUAGUUUUUAGAAACUAUGGAGCUCUGAGACUCAGAGGGAGAGGAGAUAUCAGGGUCUGAUACACACACAGUCACCUACGAGCUGGACAUUUUAGCCUCGCCUCUGAUGAGCAGCUAAAAGCUAAACCAUCACUAUGUACUAUCCUUUAGUCCAGCACAGCUGAGGAUGCAAGGGUUUUAUAUGUUUUGAAUUUUGCCCCACAUCCUGACACACGCAGGAAGCAGGAUGAAGGCUGUUAUAAUAAGUCGGGAUCUUUAUGAGGUAUUGCUGCAGGGGAUUUAGUCCUGGCACCAGUGAGGGAGUACAGGUCACUGUAGUGACGCUGACUCUGAAACCAGCUCAGUUAACUGCCCCCGACCCAAAUGUAGAGACGAGGCGGCUGGAUGAGAUUAAGAUUUCUGAGCUGAUGGAAGAACACCACUGUGGUGUUUAUUAUAUUUAUUGACAUUGUUAGAGAACGUGUACAGCUGAUGUAAAGCAACGUUUCUGCACAGAUGUGUGUGCUCUGUAUUAAGUAAAGUGUGGGAUGACAACAUGUGAAUGAGGCCGGUUUGUUCUCCGGCCGUUUUUCUAAAGACGUUACAUUCCAACUUCCUGAGGACGUGAAGAGCAGCAGAGGAAAACAGCUGUUUUCUCCAUUUCACAUCUGUUUGGGACAGUGAGCCAUUUCUACACUUUCUUCUAUUUUCACUGUAAAAUCAGCCUCCACGUUUCCGUUGUGUUGACAGUUCUGACGAUUAAGAUAUUGUGGGCUUGUACUUUAUGAAGUUUAAUAUUGUUAUGAUCAUGUUUGUUGUGCUUUAGGGGAAAAAGAGACAAACCCCUGCGUGUUAUUGUUCCUCAUGCCGGCUGAACUGUAGAAACUCUUCAUCUGUCACUGCUUCACUUUCUAACAGCUUCUGCCUGAAACGUGUCAGACAUGUCGGCUGAUUCUAAACAGUGUUGAAGAGGCAGCAAUAACAUGUCGGUGAACAUGUGUGACAGAAUGAUCAAUCCUGCUGUUUUACAGCCUGUGGUGCUUUCAGUGCAACACCAGUCAUGAUUUUUUACUUUCCAAAGGAACCAACUAAACUUUUUUACAUGUUUGGACGCUGAUUAGGACAGAAGAAGAAGACGUGAAGAAAUUUAUUCAUUUUAAUUGUCAAAUAUUGCAUGUUGGCAAGUUUGUACAUUAAGUCUCAAGACCUCAUGUUUAUAUGUUAUAACAUGUUGUAUGGUGUGUUCCCUGAUCUCAGUCUCCAUGAAAAAAAGCAAAUGUUGUGGCCUAAUGGCACAAAUAAGCAUCAGCUACUGGAAAAUAACCACCGUUAUAAGUCUACCUAUAAAAAGAAACCAAUAAACGGCAUAACUAACUAGCUUCUCUUCAGACCUUUGCUGUAUUGAUGUCUUCUGUGCUUUACAUUUAAAACUCGGCCAUGAAUUCAACCACUUCAUUUAUCAGGUAGCAUCAGUGGGACCAUUAGUGCAAAAAAAAAGGACCAGUUGAAUUUGCUUGUAUUCUGUCACAAAUAGGAUUGUUCAUUGUAUCAGUGUGUGUUUGUUUUUUAUUUUAUACUUUCGGUUUUAUAUAAACUACCCAGCAGCACAUGGAGCAUGAACUGAUUCUGUGUGAUGCAAAUGGAAAUGCAGGCUUCACAUGAUUUGAUGGGUGUAUCAGAGUCGCCCCUUAAAGGUGCUAUUUGUAAGUUUUCAACGUUAGCAUUAGCAGCUGUUUACUUACCGGUCUAGAAGAAACGUUGUGAGUUCAGCAUCAAACUUCUUUCCUUUACUCACCAACAGCUGUCUCCAGAUGUGGGAACAAACACCAAUGUUAACUCUUUUAUUCUACUGAAGUUAGCAUGCUAACCAGCUAGCUCUGGCCCAUCUCCUCACUUUCCGAUAACGAAUUCACUGCAGCCUCCAGUCUGGCCUGAAAACAAUGAUCCCUGAAGCCACCACCUGCUCCUGACAAGAAACUACAUUCAGCAGCAGAGAAAACUUACAGAUAGCCCCUUUAAGCCUUUAAGUGAUUGGUUCUUUUUAUCACAAUGAUUAAUUCUGUGUAAACAUAACAACUCAUACAAACAAGAUAUUAAUUUGUGCACACAUGAUCUUUUUGAUAGUGUGUUUGAAGUGAUCAGAUCUUAGAAUCUGUGGCUGAUCUAUACGAUCAUGCAGAGACUGAUUGGACUCAUUGAUUAUAAAGCCUUAUGCAGGGUGGACACUGUGACAAAGCCAAGAGAAAACCCCUCUUAAACAACAUAAGACUUUCCUUUCUCUUCUGCUCUCAUUGCCUUUUGUUAUAAUGAUACAGACGGUGACAAACUAAAGGACAAACCAUCAUUAAGAGUCUGAGUCAGGUGUUGAUCCUCCAGAACAGCUUCACCGCUCCAAGUCUGUGAACUCUACUGGAGGAUGAACCAUUCCUCAUAAACAUAUUCCCUCGUGGUGUUUAGAUGAAGAUGAUGGUGGAGAGCGCUUGUCUUGUUUUCAUUUAUUUGUUCUUUAUUUAUUUUGGGGUUUUUUUCCUGUAAAGUGGCCUUGGGUACAUUGAAAGGCACUAUAAAAAUCUGAGUUAUUAUUAUCAUUAUUAUUAUUAUUAUUAUUAACGCGCCACUCCAACAUCUCCCACAGUUCAACUGGACUGAGAUCUGGAGACUGAAGGUCACAGCAUAUGAUUCACAUCAUCUUCAUCCUCAUUAGACCAUCAGUGACCCCUGUGACCUGUGGAUGGAAACACUGUCAUCCAUUUACUCUGUUUUUCCUUUAAUUUGUCACCAACUGUUGUUUGCAAACCACUGGUUGUUCAGAGGUAUAUGUGACUUGUGUCUUGUAAUCUGAUUUACUAUCAAAUUCCCUGUUGGAUCCUACAUAAACAGAUGAUGUGAGAAAUUUCAAGUUCUUUCCAGGAACAAUGAAGAUGUUUUUCAGCAGAAAAUGUUUCUGCUACUUAAAACAUGUUCAGUAAACGACAGAUUUUUACCACAGAAUCAAUGGUUUGUUUUCUAAAGCUACCACUCUGCACUUCUGUCCAACGUUCCUAUGGAGAAAGUUCAUAGAAAAUCCGAAACCAACACUGACAUGACGGUCAGAGAAAACAGCCACUGGGCAGAUUUGAUGGCCGGUCAUUGUGGCAGGAUCCAAAUCAGUGCUCACCCUGUAUAACCACUGUUAGAAUCCACCAGAGCACAUAAAAUAAACUUGUUUUUAAGCACAAAGGCCACUGCUCCAUAUAAGGGAACCACAUCCAUGGAGAGGCACGUCCAUCACAUCACAGAUAACUGCCAACUGAUCGACCCUGUUUUCUCACCCAGAUACACAAGGGUCAUUUCUAUCUUUUUAUACCUGUAAAAAUGUCUAAAGGUUGGGUGCAGCCCUCCUUUAUAGCAACAUGUGUGACUUGCUUGUUGUGAAUUUUAGUUUGAGUCAAUCUGUCAAAUGUAUUUUCAGUAUUUAAGUUUAAAAAAAGAAAUGCACAGAUGAUUAUCUCUGUAAGCAGCAUGUUUGUUUAGAAUAGAAAGUGCCAAAGACUGUUGUACUGUCACUUUCCCAUCUUAACAAUGAUUGAGAUCAAUUAUUGUAUCAGAUGUUUUUUUUCUGUGUGUUGCCAGAUGGAGCCAAUAAAGAAAAAGAAAGUUCGGCUUCAUAAAAGGA